GCCCAUGGCCGAGUCAGACUCCCUCGACCCACGAUCCCGCGCACCAGCCCUCGCCCCGCACACCCCGCCUGGCAUGCAUGUCUUCCUCACCGUCGGGUCCACCCGCUUCGACGCCCUCGUCCAGGCCGCACUCGACCAGCCCGUGCUCGACGCGCUCCGCGCGCGAGGAUACCGCUCGCUCGACGUUCAGUGCGGCAACUCCGAUUUCGACACCGCGCAGCUCCAGCAGCUCGCGGACGACCACUGGCGGCGCACCGACCACACGCUCGACAUCAACGUAUGGAGAUUCAAGCCUUCUCUCAAGCAAGAUUACGAGCGCGCUGAUUUGAUCAUCAGCCAUGCAGGCUCCGGCACGAUCAUAGACGUCCUCCGGCUCGGCAAACCCCUCAUCGUCGUUCCCAAUCCGACCUUGCUAGACAAUCACCAGGAGGAGCUCUCCGACGCCCUUGCGGGCCUAGGCCACUUGCGUUCGUCCACUGUCGUCGAUCUCCCUCGCGCUAUCGCAACACUAGAUACUACGGAGCUCGUUCCCUUUCCCCAGUUCAACGGAAGCAGGUUCCGAGAAAUCCUCGACGAGGAGAUGGGCUUUGUCGAUCACGAUCACGCUCGAAAGAACGGCGCAGAGCGCUGAGUGCGAGUCUGUCUUUUCCCCUCACUCCUACCUCCAUCUCUCGCUCCAGGGAUUCUACACUGUCUGUAUUACUGCUGCCAUCUACUCGCACUGUGUCUACCACUAGCCCUGUCCGUGAUAUACCCCACAAUUGUAUCAUUGAAACCUUCCGUCCGCGUCUGAUCUUGCUCCGAGCGUUCAGCGACUCGUCUCCAGAGCUUCUUUAAACCGAUGCCGACAGUGAAGGCGACCACGGUUUCCGCAGACGACCCGCAAACAUAUGAGGAUGCGCAUGUACACGCUGUGUACGACGAAAUUGCACCGCACUUCUCCUCGACACGCUACAAGCCAUGGCCCAUCAUCGCGACAUUUCUCUCUUCGUUUCCAACGGGGUCAGUCGGCGUUGACCUCGGUACGGGCAAUGGGAAGUAUCUCCCGCUACCAUUAGAGCGACCCGGGAGCGUGUGGACGGUCGGGCUCGAUCGCAGCAAGAACCUCCUCCAGAUCGCGAAGCACGCCGGCGAACGUGAACGCGAGGUCGUGUGGGGCGACGUCCUCGACGGGCCAUGGCGCGCAGGCGCGUUUGAUUAUGCUAUUUCGAUAGCUACCAUCCACCACCUCGCUACCCCUGAGCGACGGAGAGCUGCUGUCAAGCGGCUCCUCGAGAGCAUCUCGCCUGCGCACGGACGUGCUCUGAUUUACGUGUGGGCGGUCGAGCAGGAUGAGCUUUCGAAGAGAAGCAUACCAGCAGGCUCAAGCGAAACCCGUGGUAUCGAGGCUCGCGCACCCUCGGGCAAGGGCCAGGAUGUGUUUGUGCCAUGGGUGCUCGCGCAGCCCGCUGCGCCCAAGCCCAAGGCUACGCGGAAAGAUAAGGGCGGACAUCAGCAUGGCCCGGAAGAAAAGGUUGCGGGAUCGAAGGAGGAGCCCGCGCCAGCUGCAUCCAAGGUGUUCGACCGAUAUUACCAUAUGUUCGCAGAGGGUGAGCUAAACGAGCUCGUCACGGAGGCUGCGGGGGAGAUGGGCUUGCAGGUGGGCGAACCAGAAGCCGGGUCGGUGUACGGCGUGAAGAUAGUCCAGGAUGGUUGGGAGAGGUCAAAUUACUUCGUAGAACUGCGUCGAUGGAAAAAGUCUGACUGAACCCAUUGACCACGAUGUGAGUUUCACGGCGGAAUCAUGGGACACGCGAUCACACAAUUGUGGAGAAGUCAUCGGCACACCGAAGGGUAUGUUUUGGAC